AUGGAAGCUAGAAUUGAAGGUGAGGCUCAGCAUUUCUAUGGGUUUAGAGCCAUGGAUCUAAGGUCUGUAGGGAAAAGGAGUGUGGAGUGGGAUUUGAAUGAUUGGAAAUGGGAUGGUGAUCUCUUUGUGGCUACACCGUUGAAUCCUGGUGGUAGCGAAGCCAUGGGACGUCAGUUUUUCCCACUAGGAAACUCCUCCAACAGCUCUUCCUCUUGCUCUGAGGAAGGGAAUAAUAAUACUGAGGUAAUGGUGAGAAGAACAAGAGAGGUUGAGAAGAAGAGAAGAGCUGUGGCCACAGGGGAAGAUAACAAUGGUGGUAGUGGGUGUGGUAAUGGUCUUACUUUGAAGCUAGGAGACAAUGGUUAUGAUCUUAAUGGGGAAAGAGAAGGAAGCUCUGCUGCAAAGAAGACAAAAUUUGGAGGAGGAGGUGUGACGAGUCGUGCGGUUUGUCAGGUGGAGAAUUGUGAAGCUGAUCUUAGCAAAGUUAAGGAUUAUCAUAGACGUCAUAAGGUGUGUGAGGUGCAUUCUAAGGCUACAAGUGCAGUUGUCGGAGGAAAUAUGCAGCGGUUCUGUCAGCAAUGUAGUAGAUUCCAUGUUCUUCAGGAGUUUGAUGAAGGAAAGAGAAGCUGUCGAAGACGUUUGGCUGGGCAUAAUAAACGAAGAAGGAAGACAAAUCCUGAACCUGGCGCUAACGGGAAUCCUCUGGGUGAUGAUCAUCAGUCAAGCAAUUAUCUGUUGAUUAGUCUCUUGAAGAUACUCUCCAAUAUGCACUCCAAUCGAUCAGACAAUACUGGUGAUCAAGAUUUGAUGUCUCAUCUUCUGAAGAGCCUUGUAAGCCAUGCUGGUGAACAAUUAGGGAAAAACUUAGUUGAGCUUCUUCUGCAAGGAGGAUCUCAAGCUGCUUUGAAUAUUGGAAACUCAGGUUUGCUUGCUAUUGAGCAAACACCCCAAGAGGAUUUGAAGCAACUUUCGGUACCUGAAACUCCUGGGCGAGAAUUGUAUGCCAAUGGGACAGCUACAGAGAACAGAUCAGAAAAGCAAGUCAAAGUAAAUGAUUUUGAUUUGAAUGACAUCUAUAUAGACUCAGAUGAUGGCACAGAUAUCGAAAGAUCCCCUCCUCCUACGAAUCCAGCUACUAGUUCUCUUGAUUAUCCUUCUUGGAUACAUCAGUCAAGUCCACCUCAGACAAGUAGGAAUUCAGAUUCAGCAUCUGACCAGUCACCCUCAAGUUCCAGCGAAGAUGCUCAACUGCGCACAGGUCGGAUUGUGUUCAAACUAUUUGGGAAAGAACCGAAUGAUUUUCCUGUUGUCUUGCGCGAACAGAUUCUUAAUUGGUUAUCACAUAGUCCGACUGACAUGGAGAGCUACAUUCGGCCUGGUUGCAUCGUACUGACCGUUUAUCUUCGUCAAGCUGAAACUGCUUGGGAAGAACUUUCUGAUGAUCUGGGUUAUAGCUUAAUGAAGCUUCUUGAUCUCUCUGAUGAUCCUUUGUGGACAUCUGGAUGGAUUUAUGUUAGAGUGCAAAACCAGCUUGCAUUUGUAUUUAACGGUCAGGUUGUUGUUGACACUUCCUUACCUCUAAGAAGCAGUGAUUGUAGCGAAAUUAUUAGCGUUAGGCCGCUCGCUGUAGCUGCAACAGGAAAGGCUCAGUUUACAGUAAAAGGCAUCAAUCUCCGUCGACCUGGCACAAGGUUACUUUGUGCUGUGGAAGGAAAAUACUUGAUUCAAGAAACAGCACAUGACUCAACGAAAGAGAAUGAUGACCUCAAGGAGAAUAAUGGGAUCGAGUGUGUCAGUUUUUCUUGUGAUAUGCCUAUAACGAGUGGUCGAGGAUUCAUGGAGAUUGAAGACCAAGGACUCAGCAGCAGCUUCUUCCCUUUCAUAGUGGUUGAAGACGACGAUGUUUGUUCUGAAAUCCGUUUACUCGAAACCACCUUAGAGUUCACCGGAACUGAUUCCGCUAAGCAAGCUAUGGAUUUCAUUCAUGAAAUCGGUUGGUUUCUUCACCGAAGCAAGCUCGGGGAAUCAGAUCCAAACCCGGACGCGUUUCCAUUAACACGGUUUAAGUGGCUAAUCGAGUUCUCAGUGGACAGAGAGUGGUGCGCUGUGAUUAGAAAGCUAUUAAACAUGUUCUUUGAAGGAGCUGUUGGCGAUAACUCAUCUGUUGCAACGCUAUCAGAACUGUGCCUUCUUCACAGAGCUGUGAGGAAAAACUCAAAGCCUUUGGUUGAAAUGCUCUUGAGAUACGUUCCCAAGCAGCAAAAACACAGCUUGUUUAGACCUGAUGAUGCUGGUCCAGCCGGUUUAACACCUCUUCACAUUGCAGCCGGUAAAGAUGGUUCAGAAGAUGUGUUGGAUGCUCUAACAGAAGAUCCUGCAAUGGUGGGGAUUGAAGCGUGGAAUUCAUCUCGAGACAGCACAGGCUUCACACCAGAAGACUACGCACGCUUACGCGGUCACUUCUCAUACAUACACUUGAUUCAACGCAAGAUCAAUAAGAAGUCAACAACUGAAGAUCAUGUUGUGGUCAACAUCCCUGCUACUUUCUCAGAGAGAGAGCAGAAAGAAGCAAAACCAGGUCCGAUGGCUUCAGCCUUGGAGAUCAUCACCACACAGACCAACCAGCUUCAGUGCAAGCUUUGUGACCAUAAACUGGUGUAUGGGACAACACGGAGGUCUGUAGCGUACAGACCAGCUAUGUUGUCAAUGGUGGCGAUUGCUGCGGUUUGCGUCUGCGUAGCACUUCUCUUCAAGAGUUGCCCGGAAGUGCUCUAUGUGUUUCAGCCGUUCAGGUGGGAGCUAUUGGACUAUGGAACAAGCUGA